AUGAGAUGACAGCGAGAAUCUGUGAUCCAUCAAAGGAAGAAGAUGCAACAAAUGUUGUUUGUGGACUGAUUAAAGAGCUGUCUAAUCUCAACCGACUGGUCAUGGGUACCCACAGGGAUCUGGAUUCCUUCAGGAGGCUGAAAUUCCGGAGACCCAGGCAAUCGGGAAAGCUUUUGCCUCACAGCAUGACAAAUAUGCCUUGUACAGUGAAGAAGAAGAAAAGGACAUCGCUUUCAAACGCCGCAGCAAGUAGUUUUAACUUACGUAAAGAUUUUCUCGGUUCUAGUGACGUUUCAUUGGCUGUGGCAAGCAAAGCAACCGUGAUGCACGAUGUAGAAACAGAAGUUUAAGACCACUAUGGCAGAGCAGAGGUCAGUCACUUAAAAAUGAUAAUUACUUACCCAGACCUUAAUGACCCUUGAACUGUAUCAAGGUGAAACUAGGCAUUCUAUGGGGAAACCUUUGUUAGGAAACCUGCAGGUCUGGUUUUGCUGCCUUUUAAAACUAGUUAACUGCUCCCACUGGGCUUCUAAUUUUGAAGACCAGAAAUGGUGCUAGAAGUCAAGGGUAUUCAAUUAAUUCUUUUCUGUAUUGCUUGGUCCAUAGUGUCCUUUCCCAACUACAGUAAAUUCCUUUUGAGGGCGGGUGGGGGGGGGGGGGGAGGAAGAUCACUUUAUCCCUGUGUGAUUUGGAUUCCCUUCCCACAGUUCCACUUUCCUAAUCUUCAAAGCAGCGGUGUUGAACUAUUAAUUAGCAUUCAGGUUCUGUUCUUUGUAGCUCCCCCAGUCAUAGAUCUUUUCAACAUAUUUGUGUAGUCUGGUGCACAGCAAUGUAAAGGGCCCUUGCAGAUAAUAAUUGGGUCUACCACCUUGGAACAAACCAUUGCCUUGACAUCCCUAAAAAUGCAUGCACAAACUACUGUAUUCUUUACCCAUAUUAAUGGUCAGAUUUCCCCUGUUGAAAGUGGAAACCUCUGUCAUGAACUAUCUGCAGUCUUUCCUGUAAAUGUAGCUCUUUUAGAAUGUAAAUGGUAAAAACAAAAGCCUAUUUAACGGUCAGUUUCACUCUGGAAGGUAUACCUGCAAAAUGUUGAUAAUGCUUAUUGACUUAGGUCUGUUGUAUUAUAUUGCUUUAAAAUUAACUAGUUUUGAGGGAAAACAAUGUGCUAUGCCAACCCAAUGGAAGCAGAGUUCUACUGAUGCUAAUGUGUAAGAGUUGCCUUAUAUUUAAAUUUCUCCCACUGAAACGUAAAGUGUUUAACUUUGUUGCACUCAAGUCUUUGUUUGUAGUUAUUGUUUACCUUAUGCCUUUAGAAUUUUGUCGUCAGAAAAGCACAUGCAACAUCUUUUGUUUAUAUUUAAAACAUAUGUUUUUGUGAAAUAAAGAGGUAACGUUUUGUAACA